AUGGAGACCGCCCCUCUGCUGUCGAGCCAUCCCCAUGCUCCUAAGCAGGAUCGCGAUCAGUUCCCCAGUAUCUUGGCAGGCAAGAAGAUCCUGUUGGCUACCGAGUCAUGGGGCCCCGUAAACGGCGUCAGCCGUACGACGCGCAGUCUCGUCGAAUACCUGCGAGCAAAUGGCGCUGAACUCAUCUUGGUCGCUCCGCAUUUCAAGGGAGAUAUAGCGCAGCCUAUGACGGAUUGGGAGCGUCGUCUGCCUGGAUGCGCUCUUCCCUAUAACCCGGACCUGACGGUUGUCUAUCCCUUUCAUAUCAAGGAUAUCUACCGGAAGUCCUUUCAACCGGACUUGAUCUACUUGGCUAGUCCCGCUUCGCUUGGGUUCCAGAUGUUGCUCCAAAUUCGCCAGCUACGGUCUCCGCCGCCAGUGCUGCUGAACUUCCAGACCGAUCUAUCGGCUUACUCUGAGAUCAUGCUCCCGUCGCCGCUGGAUCAAUUCGGGGUCUGGCUGCUGGCUACCGUCCAGGGCUUUCUUUUCCGCUCUAUCGCAAUUCAUACCAUCUUCUACCCCUGCGCGGCGAUUCGUAACUACCUCGAACGAGCCGGGGCUCCAGCCGAUCGACUCUUCUCUCUCGGGCGCGGCGUGGAUACCGCGUUGUUCACCCCUACAAAGCGAGACGAUGCUUUCCGGCGGGCAAUUGCUCCCAACGGGGAAAUCAUCUUGAUCUGCGUGUGUCGAAUCGCGCCGGAGAAAGGGUUCGAGUUCCUGGCCCAAGUCGCUGUGCGUUUGGCUGCGGACAAGCUUCCCUUCAAGCUGCUAGUCGUGGGAGGCAACCGGAACCCCGUGGUCGAGAAUCGCGUGAAGCGGCUGUUUGACUCCGUUUCUCAUCACGUUGUAUUUACCGGGUUCCUCACCGGAGAUGCUCUGGCUCGGGCCUAUGCCUUGGCGGAUCUAUUCCUUCAUUGCUCGAUCACCGAGACCUUCGGGUUGGUGGUCCUCGAAGCCAUGGCCAGCGGGCUGCCCGUGAUCGCGCGCGAUCAGGGUGGUCCGUCUGAUAUCAUUCGACAUGGCCAGACAGGCUACCUCGUUCCUCCCAAGGAUAUUGAGCAGUUUCUUGCCUUGACCCGCCGUGUUGCGAAAGACACGGUACAACGCAAAGCGCUCGCGGCGGCCGCCCGCGAGUAUGCCGAUGAUACGACGUGGGAGAAGAUUAACCGCCGUGCGGCAUGGCAAAUGGCGUCCGCGCUGUCCCAUACAGACCAAGAAUCCCAUGGCCCCCGCCUGCAGGCUCGGCCUGGAUUCUUUGCUUCGGCCUCGGAGAGGAUACGAUUGUGGCUGGCUAUGGGAAUCGUGUAUCUGAUGUGGCUCAUUGCAGUGGUCCCUUUGAUCGUGCACGGGCAUCGCUUCGUUCCUCGUAUGCUGCAGAGUUUACGGAAUCAAUUUCAGCAGCCUCGAACGCUGCCUAACUGA